AUGGCUGAAUAUGAGGCGCUGAUCGCUGGCCUAAGGCUAGCAAAAGAAAUGAAAGUUGAAAAUCCGGCUAUAUACAGUGACUCUAUGAUAGUGGUGGAGCAAGUGAAAGGAUGGUUCCAAUGGAAUGGAAUCCAAACUGACGCGUAUAUUCAAUUGUGCUGGCGUCUAAUGGGGUGUUUCAAGGAAGUCCAUCUCGAGAGGAUCCCAAGGGAGUUUAAUGCGAAUGCGGAUGCACUGUCAAAAUUGGCAUCACAAAAGGAGGCUGUCCUCUUAGGAGUCAUUCCUUUGGAAACUUUGAAAUGCCCCAGCGUUCCCAAAAUAGAGGAAACAGGAGCAGUUAUAAUAAUGGCGAUUGGUGAUGCUGGGGAAACAUGGAUGACCCCCAUUCUGGAGUUUCUCAAAGAAGGCACCUUGCCCGAAGACAAAAAUGAGGCGAGGCGCCUCAAGUACAAGGCUGCUCGGUAUGUGAUCUAUGACAAUGUCCUAUACAGGAUAGGCUUCAAUUCCCCUCUCCUCAAGUGCAUAUACGGAGAGGAGUGCAACUACAUCAUGCGAGAGAUACACGAAGGGAUCUGUGGUAAUCACUCGGGGGUGGCUCCCUCGCUCAAAAGAUCGUACAUCAGGGGUAUUAUUGGCCCACCAUCAGACAAGAUGCCCAAGAUUUUGCUCGUAGCUGCAAUAGGUGACAGAGGUAUGCCAAUUAUAGCAAUUAACCGGCAACUAGGCUUACCUCCCUCUCUAGCCCUUGGCCUUUUGCUAUGUGGGGGAUUGACUAAAUUGGUGAACUACCCAAGGCCAAGGGGGGUGUUAAAUACGCGGGCGGUGGUGGCCAUAGACUAUUUCAACAAAUGGGUAGAAGCUGAGCCUCUAGCCACUAUCUCCGCUAAAAAGAUCAAAGACUUUGUGCACAAGUCUAUUGUGUGCCGCUAUGGGAUCCCAUACAAGCUUAUCUCGGAUAAUGGUGAACAAUUUGAUAGCAAGGAGUUGCGGGACUUUUGUGAGGCACUUGGCAUAAAAAAGGAUUUCUCAGCAGUAUGCCACCCUCAGUCCAACGGCCAUACUGAGGCCAUCAAUAAGAUCAUCAAGCAUACCCUCAAGGCAAAACUAGAGGAAGCCAAAGGUGAUUGGCCUGGGGAGCUCCCCCAGGUGUUGUGGUCCUACAACACUAUGCCUCGGAGUACAACAGGUGAGACCCAUUUCUCUCUCACGUAUGGCUGCGAGGCCAUGGUCUUGGUUAAAGUAGGAGCUGGUUCCUUCUGCAGAGACCAUUAUGAUCCUGAAAUGAAUGAGGCCAACCAUCGCCUCUACUUGGAUAUGAUUGAAGAAGUGAGGACAAACUCCCAAAUUAGGCUGGCAUCCUAUCAACAAAGGGCCGUCAGGCACUACAAUGGAAAAGUGAAAGAUCGUCCCGUUCGCGUUGGUGAUCUGGUUCUUAGGAGAGUCAUGCCAAACACUAAGGUGGCUGCACAUGGAGUUUUUGGGGCAAACUUGGAAGGACCCUACAAAGUCAAAGCCGUAAUCUGGGGAGGCACCUAUCACUUGGUAAAUAUGGACGACAAGAUGGUUCUCAGAGCAUGGAAUGCGGAGCACCUCCGCAAAUACUAUCAGUAG